UGCACUUCCUCUGUACAUAGCGAACAAUGUCGGUAAACGUACCACAACUCGUUGCUCUGGCCAGCAAACUUCAAUUAGACCAAGAUACUGACGGUGGAGAUCCUAGUGAUAUGAUUCCAGGCGUCCGAAUGGACAGCGUUCGAGAAUUCCAACUGCUCGGUCAAAGCGAUGCGGCCACGUCACUACGCAGUGAGUUGACAAAGAUGCUAGAGAAGGCUAGAAGUGAAGGAGUAACAGAGCAGCAGUUGGUGACAGUGAAGAGUGAGUUUCAAGGAUUUAGUGAGCUUUUUGGUCGUUUUUUGCAAGAGACUGGACCAUCAAUAGAAUGGUCUCAGAUACAGCAGCUCUCUCCAGGAACGGUGCACAAGUAUGAAGAUCUACCUGAACUAACUACUGACCCAGAUGCUAUGAAGGAAUUGCUGAACAAGUUGGUUGUACUCAAACUCAACGGUGGUCUUGCGACAUCCAUGGGUUGCACUGGACCAAAAAGUGUCAUUUCAGUUCGAAGUGGACUCACUUUUCUAGAUCUAACUGUCAAACAAAUAGAGAGAUUGAAUCAAGACUACAAGAGUGAUGUGCCCCUAGUUCUCAUGAACUCGUUUAACACCCACGAAGAUACACUCAAAGUGGUGAGGAAGUAUCAACGUUGUGGUGUUAAGAUCAGCACCUUCUCUCAGAGUCGUUAUCCUCGAAUCAACAAAGAGUCCCUUCUUCCAAUUGCAUCACAUAUUGACAAAGAAAACACCGAAGCUGAAUGGUGGUAUCCCCCAGGCCAUGGAGAUGUUUACGCAGCGUUUGCAAAUAGCGGUUUACUAGAAAAGUUUAUCAAAGAAGGCAGGGAGCUUGUCUUCAUCUCAAACGUUGAUAACCUGGGAGCAACAGUCGAUCUACGUAUUCUGGCCAGUCUGUUGAACCAUGGUGGUAGUCCCAGUGACUUUGUCAUGGAGGUGACCGACAAGACUAGAGCGGACGUGAAGGGUGGAACCCUCAUUAAAUAUGAAGGAAAACUUAGGCUGCUGGAGAUUGCCCAAGUGCCAUUGGAAUUUCAAGAUGAGUUCAAAUCAAUGUCCAAGUUCAAGAUAUUCAACACUAACAACUUAUGGGUCAAUUUGAAAGCCAUGGAUAGUUUGAUGAAGAAGAAACAGCUGCACAUGGAGGUUAUUGUCAAUAAUAAGAUGCUUGGCAAUGGAAUGAAAGUAAUACAACUUGAAACAGCUUCUGGUGCAGCCAUGAAGAACUUUGAGAAAGCUCAUGGGAUCAAUGUUCCUCGCAGCCGAUUUUUGCCAGUAAAAACAACAGCAGACUUGCUGCUGAUCAUGUCAAACCUGUAUGAACUGAAGCAUGGAAUACUGACUGUCAGCCCACUACGAAACUUCCCAUCAGUUCCACUUGUCAAGCUCGGCACACACUUCAAGAACGUGAAAGACUUCUUGGAGAGAUUUCCGAGUAGCCCAGAUGUCCUUGAGCUUGACCAUCUUACUGUGUCUGGUGAUGUCUGGUUUGGCAAGGGAAUCACUCUCAAGGGAACCGUCAUAAUAAUUGCCAAUCACGGAGAACGCAUUGAUAUACCUUCUGGCACCAUUUUAGAGAACAAAAUAGUGUCAGGAAAUCUCAGGAUUUUGGACCACUAAACUAUGGCAAUAAGGUUGGACUUGAUGUGAUGCACACAUUGACUGACAAGCCACAAGGUUUAAUAAUUUCUUACACAGUUGUGAUAUAAGAUUUAUUGACUGUGAGAGUGAUCAUGAUCA